UUCCACCAACUGUGGGCAUAUAAAUUGGCAGGUGACUUUGUAAGCACAGCCAGAGAAGCAUUUCCUCUUGUCCAGUAACGCACUGCAUCUACAGGGGACUAUUUAAUAUUGGAUUAUUUCACCCGAGACACUCCUGGUUAUUAAAGUUCGAUAACCCUCUCUCCAUUAGGGCCAGUAUAUUUUUCAUCUUGAAAUAUGUGUUCUGGGGGCUGUUCAAAAUGCUUGGGCAUUGCCCUAAUCCCCCUGGCUAUUCUUUGCAUACUGGCCAAUAUCUUGCUCUUUUUCCCUGGCGGGAAGGUUGCUUCAGAAAAUGGACACAUUUCAGAUGAAGUCUGGUACUUUGGAGGAAUCUUGGGUUCUGGGGUUCUGAUGAUAUUUCCAGCCCUGGUGUUCCUUGGUCUGAAGAACAAUGACUGUUGUGGAUGUUGUGGCAAUGAGAACUGUGGAAAAAGGUUUGCUAUGUUUUCUUCUAUAUUAUUCGCUGCCAUUGGAUUCGUUGGCGCUGGUUACAGCUUCAUAAUAUCAAUUGUUGGUAUACACAAGGGACCAAAAUGCGAUGUGGGAAAUGGAAACUGGACAUACGCCUUUAAUGAAGGCGAUUACCUAGGGCAUCCAAGUAUAUGGAGCAGGUGCGAAGAACCUGCUGAUGUGGUCCCUUGGAAUCUGACGCUCUUCUCCUUGCUCCUGAUAAUGAGUGCAGUACAAGGUGUUCUCUGUGCUUUUCAAGCCAUCAAUGGGCUCAUUGGGAUGCUGUGUGUUGGUUGCAAAUGCUGCGGGGGUGAUGGACCUGUCUAACCACUAUGUGAUCAACUAGGUACAAAAUCCACCCCGCUCUUAUGUAUGAAAAAGAUGUCUGUGCUGGACUGUAGUACCUAAGAUAUAGUCAACCCAACUCAAGGAAGAAGACUGAGGAUGAAGGGCUUUUCUUCUUAAGCUCUGACUAAAGCUUCUAACAAACAUAAGCAAAUACAACAUCUCAUAUAUACUCAAGUAUUGAAAAUACUUUACUGUAUUGUAAUAUGCCCACAAUAUAUGCCCAUUAUUGACAGAAUGCAUUAUUGCUUCCUUGUCUUUCAUGCAUUAACUAUUGAUGAUCAUAUGUCAUGUUUACUAAAUCCAUUGCCGCUAAAUAUUAUUUCAUUCAACCGUAAAGCAUUUUUGUGAAGUUUGGGUAAUUUAUAUUUUAGUUUUUCUUUUAUUAUUGCAUUCAGUGGGAUAUAUGUGGCCACAUUUGUGUACAGCCCCAGUUUCCCAUUAACUCCCAUAUGAUUCAAUCUAUUGCAUCAAUGAUGUAAUUUCCAUCCUGCCCACCAGUCAACCUUGCCAUGCUGGACAUCACAGCACACAUACUACUGGUUUUGGCAGCAUUACAUUUAGCCCCAGACUACUCCAGCUAAAGCCUUUAGAAACACAAUCCAACGCAUCACUGUAUGUUCUGUAAUUUUUAUAGUACUAUUAACUACUCAAAAAUGUUUUUUUCCCAUGACAUUUAUGCCUGUUUUACAAAUGUAAAAAUAUUUAACUGUACUAUGCAACCUUCAUUUCUUUAUACAUGCAGAUAUUCUUCUUCUCUGGAUAAAGUUGACAUUGCAUUAACAACAAUAUUGUUAUAUCUUGUUACACACAUCAUUGCUCAUAUAAAUAUUAAACUUUUUUUUCACA